UCUGUCGGUCACGAUGAGGGGGCUGCUUGUGCUGACCGCGCUGUUCGUGGCCGUUUUCGGCAAAGAGACUUUCGAGGGCCAUCAGGUGCUUCGCAUCACCGCCAAGGAUGAGCUCCAGCUCUCUCUCGUUAAGGACCUGGAGGACAUGGAGGAGUUUCAGCUGGACUUCUGGAGAGAGGCCAUUGAUGUAGCCACCUCCGUGGAUGUCAGGGUGCCUUUCCACAGCUUGCAGGCCGUCAAAGCCUACCUGGAGACCCAGGACAUCCAGUACGCCGUCAUGAUUAAGGACCUGCAGGCUGUCUUGCAUGAGGAAGAGGAGCAAAUGCAGUUUGCUGCUCGCGCCGCUGGACCCAGAUCCACAGACAGUUUUGACUAUGCCAACUACCACAGCAUCAGCGAGAUCUACAGGUUCCAGGAUAUGCUGGUGGCUGAGAAUCCCAACCUGGUCAGCAAGAUUGUGAUCGGUCAGAGCUACGAGGGCCGUCCCCUUAAUGUUCUCAAGUUCAGCACUGGUGGAACCAAUCGCCCGGCCAUCUGGAUUGACACUGGAAUCCACUCCAGAGAAUGGGUCACGCAGGCCAGCGGUACCUGGUUUGCCAAGAAGAUUGUGACGGACUAUGGACGUGACCCUGCCCUCACCGCUAUCCUUAACAAGAUGGACAUCUUCCUGGAGAUCGUCACCAACCCUGAUGGUUUCUCCUUCACCCAGACCACCAACCGUAUGUGGCGUAAGACCAGGAAGCCCAACUCUGGUUCUUCCUGUGUUGGAGUGGACCCUAACAGGAACUGGGAUGCUGCGUUUGGAGGGGCCGGUGCCAGUGGAAACCCCUGUUCAGAAACCUACCGCGGACCCAGGCCUCAUUCCGAGUCUGAGGUCAAGUCCAUUGUGGACUUUGUGAAGUCCCACGGCAACUUGAAGGCCUUCAUCUCCAUUCAUGCCUACUCCCAGAUGCUCCUGUACCCCUACGGCUACACUAAGACUCCUGCCAAAGACCAGAGGGAGCUGCAUGAGCUGGCCAGGAAGGCCAUCAAUGACCUUGCUUCCCUGCAUGGCACCCGCUACAGAUACGGCAGCAUCAUCAGCACCAUCUACCAAGCCAGCGGUAGUACCAUUGACUGGACCUACAACCAGGGCAUCAAGUACUCCUACACUUUCGAGCUGAGGGACACUGGUCGCUAUGGUUUCCUGCUUCCAGCCAGUCAGAUCCUGCCCACCGCCAAGGAAACUUGGCUGGCUCUGAUGGCCAUCAUGGACCACACCAGCAAGAACACCAACUAAACGCCCCCCCCCCCGUAACAUCCGCUGGGCAAUCCGCGGAGCUCCCUGGUAACCCGCCAUCAUUGGAAAAUGUUGAACUUUUUGGUCAGUUGAGCUAAAUAUUAACCUCAUUCAACUCAGUGACACUCUACAAGUAAUUAACGCCUUAAAGAGACCAAUAAAUGACCACUGUCCUA